AUGCUUUUGACAACGAUUUGAUGCAUACAACCCUGAAAAACAUUGUUGAGGGCAAAACGGUUGAGGUGCCAACAUACGACUUCGUGACACAUUCUAGGCUGGCAGAGACGACGGUGGUCUAUCCUGCUGACGUUGUUCUCUUCGAGGGGAUCCUGGUUUUCUACAAUCAAGACAUUCGGGACAUGUUCCAUCUCCGGCUCUUUGUCGACACAGAUUCCGAUGUCCGGCUGUCACGCAGAGUUCUGCGAGAUAUGAAACGUGGGAGGGACCUUGAGCAGAUCCUCACCCAGUACACCACCUUCGUCAAACCUGCUUUUGAGGAGUUCUGCUUACCGACAAAGAAGUAUGCAGACGUGAUCAUCCCCCGAGGAGUUGACAACAUGGUUGCGAUAAACCUCAUCGUGCAGCACAUUCAAGACAUCUUAAAUGGAGACAUCUGCAAGUGGCAGCGAGGGGCGAUGAACGGCCACGGUCGGAGCUACAAGCGCCCAUUCCCUGAGCAAACGGAGAGCAGCAGCGUGCUGGCGGCCGGCAAACGCUCCCACCUGGAGUCCAGCAGCCGUCCACACUGA